CGUUUUUGAGCACAAGACAUCUAAAAUAGUUUAGCUAGUUUAUUUUAUCCUCACCUGAGGAUAAGUUUGAUUUUAGAGAGGGAAGGGGGAGACAAAGAGAAAGACAUUGAUGUGAGAAAUAUCGAUCGGUUGCUUCCCAUCUACACCCUGACCAGGGAUAGACCCCACAACUUAGGUAUGAACCAGGCUCCAACCAACCUCCCCAUCUGGCCAGGACUAUCUAGUUAGUUCUUCAUGAAAAAGUAAAACAAGCCCAAUAAGCUGAAAUGACUAUCCAAGAUUACAAAGGUAGUCCGUGGCAAAACUGGAGUUCCAUAGUUGUUCGGCAUGCACACCAGAAUGUGUUCGACUUUUCAGCCUUAGAUGCAUAACAAGGACAACCCAUAUUGUUUCAACACAUUCUGAUUUACUCUAUCUAGCUUUGUUAACGUUUAGUAAGGAGCAAUCCCAGUAUGCAAUGCAAACAAUGAGUUAACAGUCAGUUAGAAACUACAUGUCCCAGCAUGCCAUGCUCUCCAGCAACCUCGGAAGUGGGUAUGAGGGACGCCAUUGCAUUUUGGUAGUUGCAGUCUUUCGGGACUGGCCCGCCCCUUGUGCCGCUUCCGGGGCCUACGUUUAAAGAAAACCCUACUGGGUGGCUUAGCGCCCUCGAGAGAGGUGCCGCCCUACGACCUUUGACCCCGGCCCGGGUGUCCAGCUCCUCGAAUCUCUCCCACAGCCCAAAAUGGCGGCAGAGGUGGAUUUUGGGGAUUUGGAGCUGUUCGAGGCGUUUGACCACCCAGAGGAGUCGCUCCCAAAGCCCGUUCACACGCGCUUCAAGGACGGCGACGGCGACGAGGAGGACGAGAACGGGGUUGGCGACACGGGGCCGCGGGAGCGGCUCCGGCAGAGCGAGGAAACGAUCGAGCGGCUCCGCGCCGAGAAUCAAGAACUUAAAAGAAAAUUGAACAUUCUGACUCGACCAAGUGGAAUAUUGGUGAACAACACUAAGUUAGAUGGACCUUUGUUACAGAUUCUAUUUAUGAACAAUGUUAUUUCAAAGCAAUAUCAUCAAGAAAUAGAGGAAUUUGUAUCAAAUUUAGUAAAAAGAUUUGAGGAACAGCAGAAAAAUGAUGUGGAAAAGACUUCCUUUAAUCUUUUGCCCCAGCCAUCCAGUGUUAUGCUAGAAGAGGACCAUAAAGUAGAAGGAUCCUGUACCAUUGAAAACAACAAGGAAGCUUUUAGUGUUGUAGGAAGUGUCCUGUAUUUUACUAAUUUUUGCCUUGAUAAAUUGGGGCAACCGCUACUAAAUGAAAACCCUCAGCUUACCGAAGGAUGGGAAAUACCCAAGUACCAGCAAGUCUUCAGCCACAUUGUUUCUCUAGAAGGGCAAGAAAUACAAGUAAAGGCCAAAAGGCCAAGGCCUCACUGUUUCAAUUGUGGUUCCGAAGAACAUCAAAUGAAAGAUUGCUCAAUGCCUCGGAAUGCUGCUCGAAUAAGCGAAAAGAGAAAAGAGUACUUGGACGCCUGUGGUGAAGCAAACAAUCAGAACUUUCAGCAGCGGUACCAUGCAGACGAAGUCGAAGAAAGGUUUGGAAGAUUCAAGCCAGGCGUUAUUAGUGAGGAACUUCAGGAUGCACUUGGUGUGACAGAUAAGAGCCUGCCACCGUUUAUAUAUCGAAUGCGCCAGCUAGGAUACCCACCAGGAUGGCUCAAAGAGGCUGAACUGGAGAAUUCAGGGCUUGCGCUCUAUGAUGGAAAAGAUGCUGCUGAUGGGGAAACAGAAUCUGGAGAAAUACAACACAAUCAAAAUGUCACUUAUGAUCUCUCAAAAUUGGUAAACUAUCCAGGUUUUAAUAUAUCUACUCCCAAAGGAAUUCCAGAUGAAUGGAGGAUGUUUGGUUCUAUACCAAUGCAGGCCUAUCAGCAGAAGGACGUGUUUGCCAGUUACCUUACUUCAAACUUCCAAGCGCCGAGUGUGAGGUCUGGCUCCAAGAGGUCUUCGUCUCGGUCCAGCCCUUGUAGUCCAAAGAAGCAGAAGGGGAGCAGCUCCGGUUCCCCCGCGGACAUGGAGCUCGACUCGGAUGCGGAGGCCCUGCGUGUAUCUCCGAGUGGGAAUGCUACUCGGUUUCAGCCACCAUUGCCCCCUGACACUCCUCCACUACCACGGGGAACUUCGCCCACCUUCAUUCCUCCGCUCCCCAAGGGCACCCCACCACUGACCCCCAGUGACUCACCACAGACCAGGACAGCACCUGCGCCCACGGAGGAGGACACACUGACUCUGGAAGAACUCGAAGAGCAGCAGAGGCGGAUAUGGGCAGCCCUGGAGCAGGCUGAGAGCAUCAACAGCGAUUCUGACAUGCCUGUUGACACACCUUUAACUGGAAAUUCGGUUGACUCUUCCCCUUGUCCAAACGAGCUAGAGCUGCCUGUCCCAGAGGGAAAACCAUCUGAAAAGCAGGUGCCAGAUGAGCCUGAGCCCGAGGAACAGGACACUUGUGCAAAGAAACCAGAAGUUGAACAUCCAGAGAGUCCAGAGUCCGACGCGACAUUGCUUUGUCGGCAGGACAAGGAGGAGUCGGCCGAGGGAGGCUCUGAAGGUGCGCCUCUCGAUGACGGCAGUGUGGUAUCGAACUGUGACAUCAGGAACGGAGGCAGCCAGAAGCUCCUGCCCCUGGACCCCAGUCCUUCCACAGCCACGAAAACUCACAGUCCUAUCCCUGAUAUGAGCAAGUUCGCAACUGGAAUAAUGCCAUUCGAAUUUGAGAAUAUGGCAGAAUCGACUGGAAUGUACCUCAGGAUAAGAAACUUGUUAAAGAACUCACCCCGAAACCAGCAGAAAAACAAGAAGACUUCUGAGUAACUGCUUGACACAGCACCAAGACCUAGUUCAUGAUCUACACCUUUGUGUCCUGGUCACUAGUACUAAGUGGACAGAUGAACCGUCUUCCUGUUUGUCCCUCCCAUGUUUAAAAAUCUGUCCGAGGCUUAUUUGUGGCUUAAAGUCAGGCCUGUUUUUAAUGAAUGGAAAGAUCGGGCUCGCUGGUUUACCGUAUUUUAUUCUCACUACUAAAAACGUGGGGGAGUGUAAGUAUAGAGGUUUAGAGGUAGUUUGCUUAUACUAUUUUUGGGUUGUGAGUGUCCGUGCAGAGUGAUGGUUUUUAUCGUCUUUUGUACAUUGUUUUCCCUUUCUACAUUUUGCUAAUUAUCUUGUAUAUAAGUUUAAUAGAUCACUUUUUUAAAGAAAAAAUUCUAACCAUUUUAAAUUCACAUUUCAACUUCAACAACCAAAUGAGAAAAAUCAGGGAUGAGCAGCUUUAUCCCACUUGGGGUAUUUUUGUAAGUGAUUUACAUACAUCAAUUUUAAUGACCCUUUUAUUUUUUUACAACUUCAUUCUUCAUAUAAGCUUGCGACACAGGUAUGAUCGAUCAUCUUUGUGUACAAAGGUUUAAUAAAUUAGUUUUCAGAUACAUAAUCUAAGACUUUGAAUACAAAAGGUGAUUCACAGUUAAAUUAGUAAAUAAAACCCUGUAAAUUUGGAACUAAAUUAUGUGGUUGUAAAAAUUAGUGGAACUAUAAAUGGAAGAAAAAGCAAAGGAAAUAUAAGAAAUUGGAAAAUUUGGGUGUUUUCAGUGGUUUUCAACCUUAAAUAUAAAGGAGCAGAAUCUUAAUCAUUUUGAAAAUAAUGGAGGGCAACUAGCCUUUGUACCAAAAAAAAAAAAAAAAAAAAAAAAUUCUGGACUUGAACCCCAGGAUAAAUAAUAGUUAAAAGUAGAAAGUAGACAUAAAAAAAUUGCUUUUAAUUAUCAGGUCUAUAAGAGCUGAAACAAUGGGUGUGUGUGUCCCCCCCCCCCCUUUUUUUUUUAAUUUAUUGAUUUUAGAGAGAGAGAAAUAUCGAAUUGUUGUUUCACUUAUUUACACAGUCAUUGGUUGCUUCUUGUGUGUCCCCUGACCGGGGACCAAACUUGCAACCUUGGCGUAUGGAGACAACACUCUAAUCAACUGAGGUACCCCACCAGGAUCUGAAUCUGUUUUUUGCAGGGGGUUUUUGUCUUUAUGUGCAAUACUAUUACAUCUUUAUAGUCAAGUUAUGAAAAUAAAUAUUUAAGUGAUCUUGAACUAUUAGUCUCAGGUAGUACAGGGUGGGGCAAAAGUAGGUUUACAGUUUGUAUGAAAAAUAAUCCAAUAAUUAAUAAAUAAAUAUAGGAAUAAACUCACAUACACUGUACACCUACUUUUGCCCCACGUGGUACUAUCCUGCUCUUAGGCCAGCAGAGGGGGCAAAAUAGAACCAUUCUGGCUUUAGUUUUCAUUUUGACAACUUCAGUCAUCCAAUUGUUCUAUAAACAGUAAAGGGAAGGGAAAUUAUAUAUGAAAGAGGAAAAUUUAUUUUCAAGGCCCUCACAGAACAUGCUAGAAAUUGAAUAAAAUGUUAAAUACUUUGGGCUUUUUUCUCUAGGAGUUGAAGUACAUAAAAGUAACCUCUUCUAUGAUCUUUAUUACUCAGUAAUUCUAUCGGAGAAGUAUAUUGUCACCACGUUAUGUAUGUAACAUAAGGAAAUUUCAGGGGCAUAGAGGUUAAAGUACGCGUCAACAUCCAAGCAGCGGUGAUGAAGAGGCCAGUCUUCAACCAGAGAUUUGCCUGUUCCCUAAAACAGUGGUCGCCAACCUUUCAGACCUCAUGGACCACCAGUGGUCCGUGGACCACCGGUUGGCGACCGCUGCCCUAAAUUGCAGAAGUGGUUGUCUAAAUGUGCCUUUAAAAAAAAAAAAAAGUUUUGCCCGGCCAGCGUGGCUCUGUUUGAGCGUCAACCUGUGAACCAGGAGGUCAUGGUUCGAUUCCCAGUCAGGGCAUAUGCCAAGGUUGUGGGCUCCGUCCCCAGUAUGGGGCAUGCAGGAGGCAGCCGAUCAAUGAUUCUCAUCAUUGAUGUUUCUAGCUCUCUCUCCCUCUCUCUCUAUGAAAUCAAUAAAAAUAUAUUUUUUAAAAAGUUUUGAUUUUAGAAGAAAGGGAGAGAGAAACAUCAAUCAGCUGCCCCUGCAUCCCCGCACCAGGGAUCAAGCCAGGGCAUGUGUCCUGACUGGCAACUGAGCCACACCAGCCGGGGCUAAAUGUCCCUUUAAGUAUUGCAUUAGCAGAAUCUGAACAACAGAGAUAUCUAACAAUUAUCUCCUUAGCAUAUGCCACAGAUGGAAUGUUAAGGUAUGUUUGUGCUUUACCCCAUUUACGCAAUCACCAUAUUAGGUAUGUUUUGUAAACUUCGUUUUUUUAGAGGAAAUGCCUAAGAUACACAGCUGGUAAAUAACCUAGUGAAUCUAAGUUUAGACCGCUCUGAUCGCCACAUCCAUGCUCUUACAACCAUUGUCCUGCCUCCUUGCCAAAAGCCCUGGUUUCUCCAAAAAUUGGCUUCUAAUUCUUUUUUUUUUUUUUUUAAAUAUAUUUUAUUGGUUUUUUACAGAGAGGAAGGGAGAGAGACAGAGAGUUAGAAACAUCGAUGAGAGAGAAACAUCGAUCAGCUGCCUCCUGCACAUCCCCCACUGGGGAAGUGCCCGCAACCCAGGUACAUGCCCCUGACCGGAAUCGAACCUGGGACCUUUCAGUUCGCAGGCCGACACUCCAUCCGCUGAGCCAAACCGGCCUUGGCUGCUUCUAAUUCUUGAUUCAUUCAAUUACAUAUUGAGGCAGUGAUAGACUCUGCUUUAAGGAGCUUAUACACUAGUGGGAGAAAAUACUUCUUAGUUCCGAGAUUCACUAAGUGGCCAUGUGAGGAGGGAAGGUACCUGGGUUAUUUUAGGGUGAUGGGAGAAGCACUUAGGGAGGACUGGCUUCAAAUUCACAGGGCCAUGGGUUUAAGUUCAUUUGGAGGGUAUUUGAAGACUCCUGUCAAGAGAGAGCCUUUGAGCUAAUCCUUAAAAGCGUAGGUAGGAGGAUUUCCAUAGACAAUGAGCAUCAAAAUGUACAGGAAAUCACCUGAUUAAAACAAGCAGAUACUUGCUGGGCCUGGAGUGGCUCGGUUGAGUGUCAUACUGUGCACCGAAAGGUUGCCAGUUCAACUCCUGGUCAGGCCAUACUAGUGUACCUGGGUCUCGGGUUUAGUCCCAUAUGGAAAUGUUUCUCUUACAUAGAUGUUUCUCUCCCUCUCCCUUCCUCUCUCUGUAAAAUCAAUUUUUAAAAAUCAUUAAAAACAGAAACGAGCAGACACUCAAGAAUUGUAGGAUGGUAGAAAAAAAGACUGAUGUAGAAAAGUUCACUGAUGUAAGAACUCUUGAUGCUUUACUAUGGAGUUUGAAUUUUAUUAGGGAAAAUGACCUAAAGAUUUAUCAGUGCAGUGACCUAAUUGAAAAUAUCCAAGAGGAGUUUUAGGAAGAAAAAUCCUGAAGCAGAAUUCAGAAUAAAUUGGAGAGAGGAGACAUUUUAUAGAAGGGGGCCCAGAAAAAUGGGAAGUAGUUGCCUUCCGAAGGUGCCCCAUUUUUAAAACUUACUCUCUUGGCUGUAUUUGAGUAUAUGAAGAAUGUUGGAUGGAGGAACAAGGUACUGUUUGGACUUGUCCAUGCUGUGACAGGGCUCCAGGUGUGGUAGGUGAGGUCAUAACCAAACACUUGUACUUCAGGAUGGACUUGGCUCAGGGGUGGGGACCAGUUUCUAAUCUUUGCCUUGGGGUGAAAGGAAUGUGAGCUGUAAUACACAGGCUGCUAAAACAAAGCCAGCUCUUUGCCACCUCCUUGCACAGGUAAGUAGAAAGCCUUGCUAAACUACCAAAUGGCGGAUUUCUUUUUUCAAAAGAUUGCAGUUCUCUAAGUGCUCAAAGAUUCAGUCUACUUUCUACCAACAAGAGCCUUCCUCCUCGUUGGUUCUGUUCUUCAGGUUCUCGGCUGGAAUCAUUUGUCCCUUCUGUCUCCUCCUGUGUAGAUUGUCAUUAGAAGGUAAAACAAACAAGGGUGUUGUAACAAUUGUGAAUACCCAAGUAGCUUGUAAGGCGUGACUCUGUUCUCAAGAACCCAUGUCCACACAAGCUGUGUUUUUCUUCAGCAUUUAGAAUUAUUUUUUCCUUCAACUUAAUAGAUUUGUUGGAAUUAGUGGUAUAAAUUCACUUUUAAAUGUUUAGGAUUAAAUUAUUUUGUUAAAGUGUUUAUAGUGUUCAAUUACAGAGCCAUGACUAUAUUCUUAAUAAAUCAGAAGUCUAUGAACAAGCAUGCUUUGUAAGUCUCCAGCAAUCUAGCUAGAAUAUUGGAAUAUCAAAAGUGCAGCUGUCCAAAAAACAGGGUCUUUUUUUUCUUUUUUGUCUCCAAAAGAAAUAACUGCAUUGGGGUGGGGGGCAGAGAAUGAGGCUAUAAGGUUAAAUUAGAGUGAAAGAAAUCCUUCCUUAUAGUGUUGUAGAGCAUGUCUUUGUAAUUCACACUUGGAUUUGAAUCUAUGGGUUUUAUAAUUUAGAAAACAGCCUUUCUGUAAAAUUCACAUCUCAUACCCUCCCAUUAGCUGGUGUUAAAUGUCUAGGCUUUAGGUCCCACUUUUAGUGCAUUUUCAUUUGCAAUUUAUACCCUUUUAUAACCAUUUACAGAGUAAAUUAAGGUGAAGAUGUUUUAUUUUUCUUUAUUUAAAAUGCUUUUUAAAUUAUAAGUGGAAGGAGUAACAAAGCCAUGCAUUUGAAGGAGAAUAACCCAUAGAUAGGACACCCAAAUUGUUUCUUGUCAAAUUUAUUUUCUCAGCAAGACAUUUUCUAAACCCAAAAUGUUUAUUUAUUCCCCAAAAUGGAAAUUCUUGAUUUUGUUGCUGAAUAUAAAUGUAAUAUAUAUAAAUAUAUAUAUUUGUUUCAUAAAUGUAAACAAACAAGUAAAAGUCCUUUAUAUAUAUAAAAUCACAAGUUUCAGUUCCCAUUGCUCGAUGUUCACAGUUUGGUAUAACUUUUUCUGAGCAAAUACUAAGAAUUUUUUUUAGUAUUUUGUAUAUAUGUCUUAUAAGUAUGUGUUUUAAUAAAAGUGAGAUUAUGCUACA